UGUUUGUCUAUUGUCCGCGUCUUCCUCGCUCUUUUGCGAGACAAACCAACCAAACCAACCCAGCAAAAUAAUUUUUGGAUCUCUUGAUCCUUUUUUGAUGGCUCGCGUAUUUCACAAUUGAAUGUGUUUAUUAGUUCAAACAUGAGUGAUUAUCCUUCUAUGGCUACGCUUCAAAAUAAUAGCCAGACGCAGGGAUAUGCGAAUGCUCUACAACGUGCGAGAUUGGUUGCAGCGAAAUUAGGUAGCAAAAGACCAUUGGAAGAAGACGGAUCUUCAGAACCCAUUCCGAAAAAAGCGGCUUCCCUAGAUAAUUCAUACCAACCACAACAACAACAAGCAAUGAGUGGAGCGGUAGCUGCGAGUGCGGCCGCGGCAGCAGCGGCGGCCGCGGCGGCGGCGCGCAUCGCCAAUAACAGCGCUCCGCCCCCAGCACCUCCACCAGGCCCACCCGGCAUGCAGGAACAGACGCUCAACGACUUCAUCAGGGUACCCGACAAGAUGGUUGGACUUAUAAUUGGACGCGGUGGAGAACAAAUUACCCGACUUCAAGCAGAGUCUGGCUGUAAAAUACAAAUGGCACCGGAUUCAGGUGGCCAGCCUGAUAGAGUGUGCACACUCACAGGGUCAAGGGAGGCGAUACAGAGGGCCAAGGAGCUUGUGAACCAGAUAGUGAACCACCGCGGACGCGAGAACGCGUCGGGCCAGUUCGAGCAGCAGCCGGGCGGCGGCGGCAUGGCCCCCAUGCCGCGCGGCGGCGGGCUAGCCACCACCGAAGAAAUAAUGUUACCGGGCCCCAAAGUGGGUCUCAUCAUCGGUAAGAACGGCAAGACAAUCAAGCAGUUGCAAGAGCAAUCUGGAGCCAAAAUGGUCGUCAUACAGGACGGACCUAACACAGAAUACGAGAAACCCCUCCGCAUAUCGGGCGACCCAGCCAAAGUGGAGCACGCGAAGCAGCUAGUGUUCGAGCUGCUGCAAGACAAGGACAUGCAGAGCGGCGGCGGCGGACGUCAAUACGAUGACGUCUACUCACCCCAGGAGCAGGGCAACGGACACUCCAACUCUACAGAGGUAGAGGGGAUGCAAGUAUUAGUGCCAAAGAUAGCGGUAGGUGUAGUGAUUGGUCGCGGUGGAGACAUGAUCAAGAAGAUCCAAGCGGAGACGGGCUGCAGGGUACAGUUCCAUCAAGAAAGGGACGAUGGACCGGGAGAUAAGAGGUGUUUUUUACAAGGAAAGCCACAUCAAGUUGAGCAAGCGAGACAGAUGAUUGAAGACCUUAUUUCUAGUGUAAAUCAGAGGAGAGACCAAGAGGUGCGGGCGGGGGGCGGGGGGCGCAGCCGCGGGGGCGCGGCGCAGAGGAACGGCGACCGCGGCGACUACCAGCAGUGGCAGGACAACCCCGAGAUCAGGGUCACCUUCACUGUCUCCAAUCUUAAAUGCGGACUCAUUAUUGGCAGAGGUGGAGAAGUAAUCAAACAGAUAAAUGCUCAAACUGGUGCGCAUUGCGAAGUGGACAGGAGAGCGACGGGAUCCGAUAGAAACAACCGCACCUUCUACAUCAGAGGUCAUCCCGAGGCCGUCGAGAACUGCAAGCGGCUCAUCAUGGAGAAAGUUAAUAUGCCCAUUAACUUCAUAUCGGAGGGGGGACCGGGCAACAUGAGCGGCGGCGGCGGGGGCGGCGCGGGCGGCGGGGAGUACUACGGUGGCGGGGGGUCGCAGCCACCUGCCUGGGGAUACAACCCACACUGGCACCAACCUAACCAACAGCCACAGCAACAAAUGCAGAUCAAUCCGUCUACGGGCCAGCCGGACUACUCCCAGCAAUGGAUAGACUACUACCGCUCCAUGGGCUGCAUACAGGAGGCUGAGGCCAUCGAACAGCAAGCCAAGCAGCAGAGGCAACAGCAACAACAACAGCAGCAAGUCAGCAAACAGGCAGAUAGCCCUAUCGGCGGUGGCAACGCAACGCCGGCGCCGGCGGCCCCGGCGGGGGGCGCGGCGGCGGGCGGCGGGGGCGGCGGCGCGGACUACAGCGCACAGUGGGCGGAGUACUACCGCAACAUCGGCAAGAUAAAGGAGGCUGAGGCGAUCGAGGCGCAAAUUAAACUCAAGCAACAGCAAGCCGGGUCCGGCGGCGGCACGCCGGGCCCGUCGCCGCCCACGCCGGCGCCGGCGCCGGGCGGCAUGGCCGGGUACCCGCAGUACCCGGUGUACCCGGGCGCCGUGUACCCCGGCUACCAGCCCUACCCGUACCCCGGCGCCGCCGCGCCCGACCAGCAGCAGUGAACGAGAGCGGAACGCCCGUCACUACCCGAGGAAGACGACAUUUAGUUUUAAACAAUUAUUAUAAGCAAAAUGACUUGUUCAAAAUAAUCACCCAUUAAAAUCAGUAUUUGAAUGGACCUGAAACAUAUUUUGUUACUAAUCUACAUUGUGACCCUGAAUUACGUCAUCAGAAUAAAUAUUUGGAAUCUACUCAUUAAACUGUUAAUGCAUUUGUCGGUACUUUCCCAAAAAUGCUGAUGCGAUGUCUAGUCAAACUCAAAGAGGAAACAUAUUCCAUAGAUAUAAAAAGAUCACAGAGUUGAAUAUGAAGUGGUAAUUAAUCUUCGUACCAUUUAUUAUUUUGACGAAUGACAUGGCGUAUUGUAAAACAAGUAUUUUAGUUAUAAAAUCAAAUACGUUGGCGUCGUUGCGUUGCGGGCCGAUUGAAGAAACGAGCAAGAUACGAGAGAAAACGAACUGGAGAUUAGUGACUUUAAUUUAUAAAAUUUAUUAGUGCACUUUUAGGUCUGUAUUUUCCAUCGUAAUAUUUAGCGUAAGCCGAACUUCUCUAAUGUAGUCGACGUUGCUGAACGUACUGACGCCAAUGAUAGGUUUCAGGUCCAUUUCUUAAGGCUUCGUUCGCAUCAAAAGCGGUUUGCAAGUUGGGACGAGCACGGUUAAAUUGUAGAAAAUUAAUGUAGCAUUGUGAAAUAAAAUCGGGAGUCAUCGCUCGUGUCUUCUUGUCGACCGCGCGAUGUAGGGAAGCGGUUAGUUGAGUCAUACUCACGGCACAUCUAAAUGAUUUUCUUUAUGUGGUUAUAAUAAUAUCGAUUGUCAUAUACUAUAGUGAGAUUAUUAUCGCCUAACAACCGAUUCCGUUACACAAAUGACGGCUGUGUGGUCAAUUCUUGUUUAUUUCGAUUGUGUAUGUUCAUGCGUGUACUUACUGAAUGUGUAUUGAAAAUUUGUCCAGGUGAUAACUAUAAAAUGCCACACUGCUUGUAAAGAUGUAAGAAACGGGUUGCCACGGAGCAUAGAGAAUGGAACAAUUGUGAAAGACUUCGUCGCCCUGAGGAGUCGAGGUAAAUGCACUGUUAGUGACUGGUACACUGUGACAUGUUGACCAUUUUGUGUAUACGGCGAGGCGGGACGAUGUUAGUUUUACAUGUACCUUCUAAACCUUAUUGUGUCUAUGUGAUGUAAAGCUAAAAUCUCACGUCCACUCCAGUCUAAUUAGGAUAUACUUCAGAAAUUCUCACAGAUAGGUUGUAAAAUUCAAUUACAUAAUUUAGCAUAUGUAUGUUUUCGACUAAAUUUAGCUUUGAUAAUCGAGUUAGGCAUUAGGCAUAGUGUACGACGCGACGGCAAUGUGAACCUAUUUACAUUCCUCGAAAUUGUUGGAACUCGACGUUGAGGCGACGGAUUGCAACCAUCCUGUAUUAUGUAUAAGAUAUAAAGUGUAUGUUAUUCACA